AUGAAAAGGGCCUCGUCUCCUUUACCGUUUCCCAAUCCAAGUUCCUCUUCCCCACCGUCCACAAUAUCAGUCGGUGCACGGCUGUAUGUAAAGAAGGAAGUAGACGGUAUAUCGCAAUUCUACAAGGCAGAAGUCUUGGGAGUUCGCCAAGCUACUGCUAAAAAGCCACUUCAAUAUUACGUUCAUUAUGAUGAUUUUAAUAAACGGCUCGAUGAAUGGGUAGAUGUUUCUCGCAUUGAUAUCACAACAGAUGUUUCUCUUACAAAACACCCAUCGACAAGUUAUGAAUCAGUAGGGUCAAUGGCACCAUCCACACAUGCCGAUGAGAGCGUUGCUGACUACAGGACUGCAAUGGAAGGGCUCCGUCACAGGGGAUCAAUGACGACAAGAAGUGAAGAGCUAUCUCGUAUGAAAAACAUUGAUAUGAUUUUUUUUGGCAAAUACAAAGUCUCCACGUGGUAUUUUUCGCCCUAUCCUUUUGAGCUAAUCAGGCCCAGUGUUUCGGAUGAUUCUUCAUCGCCAGUCAUUUUAUACGUAUGCGAAUGCUGUCUUGCUCCCUUUUAUGAUAUUACUGCUUUGACAAGGCAUAGGAACUCGGAAGCGCCUGGAUUUUGUCCAGUACUCGUUCCUCCAGGAAGAGAAAUCUAUCGAUCAUCGCCCAUGUCGUCAGAAGCUUCGUCAAUAUAUGCUUUGGGUCUUUUUGAGGUUGACGGGAGACGACAGAAAACUUACUGUCGUAAUUUGUCUCUUCUUGCCAAAUUAUUUCUUGAUCACAAGACACUGUAUUAUGAUGUGGAUCCAUUUCUUUUUUACAUCCUUGUUGCCUAUGAUGCUCAUGGAGCACAUCUUGUUGGCUACUUUUCCAAGGAAAAAAUCUCGCCCGAUAAUUAUAAUGUCGCUUGUAUUCUUACCCUUCCGCAGCAUCAAAGAAAGGGAUAUGGAAAGGCAUUGAUUGCUCUCUCCUAUGAAUUAUCCAAGCGAGAGGGUCGAGCUGGAUCGCCUGAAAAACCGCUUUCCGAUCUGGGCCUUCUUUCAUAUCGAUCAUACUGGGCCGAAACUAUCUUAAGGAUCCUAAUCCCAUUAGCAUCGAACAAUAGCCGUAUUAUUAUGGCUCCGCACUCUGAAUUUUAUUCAGAUGCUCUUCAUCCUCGAAUUUCUCUACAGGCUCUCUCCUCAAUGACCAGUAUCACAUGCGAAGAUAUUUUGCAUACCCUUCAGGCAUUGGAUAUUCUCAAAUAUUAUAAGGGCGCUCAUACAAUUCUUCUUUCAUCGAGAAUCAUCGCUGAACAUGAAAAGAAUAUCAUGAAGCCAUCUAUUUUCAUCGAUCCUGCUCAACUUGACUGGAAUUGCCCUCCCCCGAUGUAG